AAUAAUUGGUCCCAUAAAUCUAUAUGCUCAUAAGAAUGCAAAUAUGUUUGCGAUAGCAUUCGUUUGGUGGAAAAACAUCCUCUUAUCUCUCAGGCGAAGCAACAACACCAAACCGUCACCGGAAGAGCGAUAAGAACCAGUAUCGUCAUGGCGGCGGCAGCAGCAGUACCGUCCACUACUUCCACCACCGCCGUCCACAUUCGCCGAAGCAACUUCCUCUCUCCGACCUCAAAAACCACCGCUAUAUUCUUCAACUACAUCACUUCACUCCCAAAGCCGCUCAAAUUCAGCAUCAGAAACUCCAACGACUCAUCGGCGGAGACUGUCACAACGGAUACGGCAAGUGAGCCGGAGCCUGAAAGCUCACUCAAAGCCUCCGAUGGAUCGUCAUCUCUGAUUUCGGCUCUCAACGUCGAACGAGCCCUCCGUGGAAUUCCAAUUACAGACGUGAAUCACUACGGAAGACUCGGACUCCGAAGAGGAUGUCCAUAUGAUCAGGUUCCGAUUGCGUACAACAUCAAAGUUGAAGAACUAAAGAGCCAAGGAUUAGAGGAAGAAGAACUCAACCAAAAACUCGAACUCCUAAAAGAAUCUUACACGAUAUUGUCAUCUGUUGAAGAGAGAAGAAUGUACGAUUGGAGCUUGUCCAGAAUCGGAGAACCAGAAAAAUAUACGUGGCCGUUCGAGGCCGAUAUAACUCAGAUUCAAACUCAAUUGCCGCCGCCGAAGGAACCGGAAGACGAAGGACCGACGAGAUUGGUGGGUUACUUCUUCUUAGGGUGGUUCGUUCUGUCCGUCGUGUUAUCUAUUGCUCUGAAUUUGUAGAUUCGCCAUUAACGGUAUCUGUAUAAACACAAGAACGGAAACCCCGCCAGUGAUUUGAACUGUAGGAACUCGGAUCUUGGGCCCAUUAUAAUAUUGGGCCUUCUUAACUGUAAGUUGAGCCCAAAUUUAUAGCCCAUAAAGUUGUGUCUAUUCGUAGGCCCGUUGGAAAAAAAUGACUUUAUAUGAAUAGUUUCAAAUUUCA